UAUGAUGGAAGAAUUGCAUAGCCUGGACCCACGACGGCAGGAACUGCUUGAGGCCAGGUUCACUGGAGCAGGCGUCGCAAAGGGUCCAUUAAACAGUGAAUCUUCCAAUCAGAGUUUGUGCAGUGUGGGCUCUCUAAGUGAUAAGGAAUUGGAGACUCCGGAAAAAAAACAGAAUGAUCAGCGCAACAGGAAGAGGAAAGCAGAGCCCUUCGAGACCAGUCAAGGCAAAGUUGUCACUCCGAGGGGGCAUAAAAUUAGUGAUUAUUUCGAGUUUGCUGGGGGAAGCGGCCCUGGAACGAGCCCUGGGAGAAGCGUGCCACCUGUCGCACGGUCAUCACCACAGCAUUCCUUAUCAAAUUCCUUACCUCGGCGAGUGGAGCAGCCGCUUUACGGGGUAGAGAGCGGCGCAGCCAAGGAACUGCCGGAGGAGCAUUCUGCUCUGCCAACGCUGGUGUCGGCGAUGCUGGCGAAGCAGCGGCUAGAGGGCGAGCAGCUGGCCCAGAGAGCCGUAAGCCUCUGUUUCCCAUUUACUGCGGCCCAGCAGGGCAGCCCUUCCUCAACAAGUUCAGGGAACACAGAGCAUUCCUGCACCUCCCAAAAACAGAUUUCCGUCCAGCAUAAACAGACACAGUCUGAUCUCACAGUGGAGAAAAUAUCUGCACUAGAAAACAGUAAAAACUCUGAUUUGGAAAAGAAAGAAGGAAGAAUAGAUGACUUACUAAGAGCAAACUGUGACUUGAGGCGGCAGAUAGACGAACAACAGAAAAUGCUUGAGAAGUACAAAGAACGGUUGAAUAGAUGUGUAACAAUGAGCAAGAAGCUCCUUAUAGAAAAGUCAAAGCAAGAAAAGAUGGCGUGCCGAGACAAGAGCAUGCAGGAUCGGCUGCGGCUGGGUCACUUUGCCACAGUCCGGCAUGGGGCCUCUUACACCGAGCAGUGGACGGAUGGUUACGCUUUCCAAAACCUCAUCAAGCAACAGGAGAGGAUAAAUUCCCAGAGGGAAGAGAUAGAAAGGCAGAGGAAGAUGCUAGCGAAGCGGAAGCCACCUGCCAUGGGGCAGGCCCCUCCGACGAGCAAUGAGCAGAAGCAGCGCAAGAACAAGACCAAUGGAGCAGAAAACGAGGCAUUAACGCUAGCAGAAUAUCACGAACAAGAAGAAAUCUUCAAGCUCCGGCUAGGUCAUCUUAAAAAGGAAGAAGCAGAGAUCCAGGCAGAACUGGAGCGGCUAGAGAGGGUUAGAAAUCUACAUAUCAGGGAAUUAAAAAGGAUUCAUAAUGAAGAUAACUCACAAUUUAAAGACCAUCCAACACUAAACGACAGAUACUUGUUGCUACAUCUUCUGGGCAGAGGGGGUUUUAGUGAGGUAUAUAAGGCAUUCGAUUUAACAGAACAGAGGUAUGUAGCGGUAAAAAUUCACCAGUUAAACAAAAACUGGCGGGAUGAGAAGAAAGAGAACUACCACAAGCAUGCAUGUAGAGAAUACCGAAUCCAUAAAGAGCUGGAUCAUCCUCGUAUAGUUAAGCUGUAUGACUACUUUUCGCUGGAUACCGACUCGUUUUGUACGGUGUUAGAAUAUUGUGAGGGGAACGACCUGGACUUCUACCUGAAGCAGCACAAGCUAAUGACUGAAAAGGAAGCCCGUUCUAUAAUCAUGCAAAUUGUGAAUGCUUUAAAAUAUUUAAACGAAAUCAAGCCACCCAUUAUCCACUACGAUCUUAAGCCAGGUAACAUCCUGUUGGUGAACGGUACUGCGUGUGGGGAGAUCAAGAUCACUGACUUCGGCCUCUCCAAGAUCAUGGACGAUGAUAGCUAUAACUCUGUCGACGGCAUGGAGUUGACGUCACAAGGGGCUGGCACUUACUGGUAUCUGCCGCCCGAGUGUUUUGUGGUUGGAAAAGAGCCUCCAAAGAUUUCAAAUAAAGUUGACGUCUGGUCAGUGGGUGUAAUCUUCUACCAGUGCCUCUAUGGCAGAAAGCCUUUUGGACACAACCAGUCACAACAAGACAUUCUGCAGGAGAACACAAUCCUUAAAGCUACAGAAGUGCAGUUCCCUCCCAAGCCCGGAGUCACACCAGAAGCAAAGGCAUUUAUCAGGCGCUGCUUGGCAUACCGAAAAGAGGACCGGAUAGACGUCCAGCAAUUGGCAUGCGACCCCUACUUGCUUCCUCACAUCCGCAAAUCCGUAUCCACGAGCAGCCCAGCCGGAGCUGCCAUCGCCUCCACCUCUGGAUCCUCUAAUAACAGCUCUUCAAACUGAGCAGGGACAAUAGGUCUG